UCCUGGAACCAGUAAUGAGAUAAAAGAACGAAUGUUUCGGAUCACUAAAUAACACGUUUAUCAUUAUCCCUUAGGUAUAAAAGAACAGGUUCGGUAUCAUCGGAAGACAGUCUUCUUCUGUUAGUAGUCAAAGCAUCUUCCAAUAUGGCCAAGAUAUUCGUUAUAACUCUUCUUGCCGCUAUGGUAGGAACUGCCCUUAGCGGUGGAUAUGGGGGUGGACAAGGUGGAGGUCACGGACAAGGAGGUCAUGGCCAAGGAGGAUUGAUUGGUGGUAAUGGUGGUGUCUACCACGGAGGUGCUGGUGGUGGUCACGGAAGUGGUCACGGCCAAGGUGGACUGAUUGGAGGAAAUGGUGGAGUCCACCACGGGGGUUCAGGACUUGGAGGAGGACAUGGAGGUUCAGGAGGUGGUUAUGGACAAGGAGGAUUAGGAGGUGGUCAUGGACAAGGAGGAUUAGGGGGUGGUCAUGGACAAGGAGGAUUGGGAGGUGGUCAUGGACAAGGAGGUCUAAUUGGCGGUAAUGGUGGUGUUCACCACGGAGGUGCUGGUUUGGGAGGAGGUCAUGGAGGUGGCCACCAUGGAGGUGCUGGUCUUGGAGGUGGACAUGGUGGUUAUGGAGGUCAUGGUGGCCAUUAUUAAAUACAUAGAAUAGUGUGAAGUCUGUGUUCCUAAUAUUUUUUAAUUUAUAAUUAAAAUUUUUGUGAUAUAAUGGUAAUUAUA